AGACGCAGAGAAAGGGAGGAUACGCGCUUCUUUGCACUCAUGUUCAUGCGCCUGUCUGCGACCAGAAUAAAUCUUACGUAGGGGCCAGAACCCGAAAGGGGUCUGGUCAAUGAUAGAUCUUUACCUUGACUUUAACAUCGGUGAAAAAAAGUUUUUUCAGUGCGCAGAUCCUCGUCUUCGCUUAGAGGAUGAACCGAAUAGCGGGAAAGCCACGGGAUGAUACCCUGAUAGACGUUCAGUUUAACGGUGAAGACAACAAUGUCUGCCAGUUAGAAUCCUUUUCUGAGGAGAUUCCUGGCCAUGGACACAACGGGUCUGAGUCAUCUCUGUCCUGCUCAGACCUGGCAGGGUCGGUCCACUCCUCGCACUCCUCAGACAGUGUGUGUGAUCAGUGCGAGAAGGAGAACUCGCAACACAACCAUGAGUCUUUCCAACACCUCUCCAGUCUUUCUGGGAUCUGGAGGAGAAGAGCUCUCUUCCUGAAGUAUCGCUCCAGGGUGGACAAGCAGCAGCAGAGCAAAGACUCUGUGUUCUUCAGAGAUGGCAUGCGGCGGAUCGAUUUCGUCCUCUCCUACGUGGACGACAAAGAAAAAGACGCCGAGAAGAAGCAGGAGAGGAGAAAGGUGUAUGAGGCUAACCUCCAAGAAGCUGGACUUGAAAUGGAGACAGAGGACAAAUCGGAAUCUGAGGAUGGCAAAACGUACUUCCUGAAGAUCCACGCGCCCUGGGAGGUGCUGGCCACGUAUGCCGACAUCCUGAAGAUCAAGGUGCCCUUCAAGGCCAACGAUAUCCCAGAGCACCGCGAUGUGCCACUGUCCUGGCUCUGCACGCCGUUCCGGCUGCCCACCCAUGUCAUGCACCCUGAGCCCGACUACUUUACCUCGGCCUUUGACAAGAGCAAGACCGACUUCUUCCUCAUCGACGACAAGGACACAUUAUUCCCCCCGUCCACACGCAACAGAAUCGUUUAUUACAUCCUCUCCCGCUGCGCUUACCAGAACAUUGACUGCCAAAACAACGACAAGAAGGGCAUCAAGCGGCUACUCAACAACGGGACCUAUUCGGCCGCCUACCCCCUGCAUGAUUGCAGGUACUGGACACAGUCUCGAGACGAUAACUGUGAGAAUGAGAGGUACAGCCUCUACCGAUACUGGGCCCAGUUUUUCCGCUUCUACAAAGAGCAGCCACUCAACCGCAUCCGCAAAUACUAUGGUGAGAAGAUUAGCAUCUACUUUGCCUGGCUGGGCUUCUACACAGAAAUGCUGUUCUAUGCUGCUGUGGUGGGAGGCAUCUGCUUUGUCUACGGGGCCACCACUUACGACCAAAGUACCUGGAGUAAAGAGAUUUGCAGUGAAAACAUAGGUGGGCAGAUUGUCAUGUGUCCUCUGUGCGAUAAGAAGUGUGGGUACUGGAAGCUCAACUCCACGUGCAACUCCACAUGGCAAUCACACUUGUUUGACAACGUGGGGACAGUGUUCUUCGCGGUAUUCAUGGCUAUAUGGGUGACUCUGUUCCUGGAGCUGUGGAAGAGGCGGCAGGCACGUCUGGAGUAUGAGUGGGACCUGGUGGACUUUGAGGAGGAGCAGCAGCAGCUGCAGCUCAGGCCCGAGUACGAGAUCAAGUGCCGCAAGCGACGCCUCAACCGCGUCACACAGGAGAUGGAGUGGGUUCUGGACCGCUCCCCUGCUGAUUUUCUUGGCAAGCUGUGCAUAUGCUGGGCCACAGUGGUGCUGUGGAUAGCGCUAAUCAUCGCCUCUAUCAUUGGGGUGAUUGCAUAUCGGCUGGCCGUUUACGCAGCGUUCGCCAGCGUCAUGAAAGACGCGCCCACCAACAAGAUCCAGCUGGUGGGAUCCAUUAUCACGCCACAGCUGGCCACAUCAGUCACGGCCUCCUGCAUCAACUUCGUCAUUAUCAUGAUCCUCAACUUCCUCUACGAGAGAGUGGCCAUCUGGAUCACUGAUAUGGAAAUCCCUAAGACCCACCUGGAGUACGAGAACCGGCUGACGGUCAAGAUGUUCCUCUUCCAGUUUGUCAACUACUACUCCUCCUGCUUCUAUGUAGCCUUUUUCAAGGGCAAGUUUGUCGGUUACCCUGGAGACCCUGCAUACAUGUUCGACAACAAGUGGAGCGGCCUAAGGAACGAAGAGUGUGACCCUGGCGGCUGUCUGAUCGAGCUGACCACCCAGCUAGUGAUUGUGAUGACAGGCAAGCAGGUGUGGGGGAACAUCCAGGAGGCCCUGGUGCCGUGGCUAAAGAACUGGUGGGUGAGUCGAAGCGCCCGUAAUCACCCUGAGAGUCUGUACAGCCGCUGGGAGCAGGACCACGACCUGCAGCACUUCAGCCAGCUGGGCCUCUUCUAUGAAUACCUGGAGAUGGUGAUCCAGUUUGGCUUCAUCACUCUCUUCGUGGCCUCCUUCCCGCUGGCUCCACUCCUGGCUCUGCUCAAUAACAUUCUGGAGGUGCGCGUGGACGCCUGGAAGCUGACCACCCAGUUUCGCCGACCCAUCGCCUCCAAGGCCCACAGCAUCGGCGCCUGGCAGGAGAUCCUCCACAUGAUCGCCGUCUUCUCCGUCGUCACCAACGCAUUCAUCGUGGCGUUCACGUCAGACAUGAUCCCACGUCUGGUCUACCUGUAUGCAUAUCACUCGGGCAACGAGCCCACCAUGCAGGGCUACAUUGACAACAGCCUGUCCAUCUUCAACAUCAGUCAGAUCCCCAUAGACAACCAACCAGAGCCUGAGGAGAACCCUGCCUGGUUCAACAGCUCCGUCAUCACUACCUGCAGGUACCGCGACUACCGCUACCCCCCUGGACAUGACAAGGAAUACGCACACACCAUGCAGUUCUGGCACAUCAUCGCCGCCAAGUUAGCAUUUAUCAUCAUCAUGGAGCAUGUGGCCUUCCUGGUGAAGUUCUUUGUGGCGUGGAUGAUUCCCGACGUGCCGUCGGACGUGACGGCCCGUAUCCGGCGGGAGCGCUACCUGAUCCAGGAGUACCUGCAGAAGUACGAGCUGGAGAAGCUCAAGGUGCAGCUGAGCCUCAACGGGGAGUGCACCUGCCCUUCAGAGUCCGUCUCUGUUAGCAUGCGCACGCCUGUGCAGGCACAACUCUAGCCCUGGCUGAUAUGCUUACACACACACAACACACACACACACGUGCACUCCCGAAACACACCUGCAGUUACUACACAGAUGCCCCUCACUCCACACAUAUUCACAAAUGUCUCUUAUUUGUUGUAAGCUCUCUCUCUCUCUCACACACACACACACACACACACACACACACACACACACACACACACACACACACUACAGGAGGCCUGGGACCUGCAGUGUGCCCAAUACCUGCUGAACUGCACCACUGUCUGUCUGAAUAGCUGUGCUAUGCCACCCUCUGACAGCUGCCAGGGGUGGAUAUGGAUCCUGCUGACGUACAUGGCGGCCUGAACUCCUCCGGCUGCAGUGUGUCUGACUCUGAGCACCCGUCUCUGCCCCUUCGCCUGUCUGUCUGUCUGUCUGUCUGUCUGUGAUGCUAGAGGAAUCGCCUCAGGAUCACGUCCGAGCUGCAUGAUUGUAGCCACAUGUAACAGGACUACACCACCACCAGGGGGAGUCAGAGAGCUCAUCCUCCAUAUCACUUUUGGUUGACCUUGGGUGAUAAAGCUGAUUGAUGACCACACACACACACACACACACAAACACAAAGAAAGACACACACACACACACACACAAGUUUACACCGUCGGUUCCUCUGAUGUCAUUUGUUGCCUUAUAACCUGAUGUGACCCCAGUGUCACAUUGCCUUAACAUAACUACACUGAUACAUCUGAUACAUCAGAUACAAUCAACACUAGUGAUGUUGCUAGCAGCAAUGUGUUUGAAUGUGAAGUGGGCUAAAGGAAAGGGGUAAGAAUCUGAAUGGAUGGAUUGCUAUUUGUUUCACCGCUUGUCACCUGCUAUGACAUUGGAAUAUGAGUGGCAUAAAACAGAAAACCUUUCCAGUUUUCACCAUAGGACUAAUCUCAGUCAGUGUGGGUGAAGUUUCUGAAUAUUUCUUUCAAAGCCCCUUAACCAUGAAGUGCCACGUCAUCAAAGUAGUGAAACACAAAAAUGAUCAUUCUAUUUAUUUUGUUUUUAUUUUUUUUUAGAAAAGUAGAUAAAAAGAUGUUCUAUCACAUUGUAAACAUUAGCAAUUGUAAAGACUUCAGAUCCAACCAGAGUCGCCUGCUUUGUACUACUGGUGGUUUCUGUAGCAGAAUUCAGGAGUUCCACUGUAACUGCUACGUCACCUAGAGGAAGGGACGAGGGGAAUCAGUACUCACCUCAUGCAACACUGUCUCAGAGCCAGGCAGCCUCCUGCUUGGAAAUUCAGCACUUGUGAACCACAGUAGCUUCCAGCUAUCCAACAACCAAAGAUGUAGACUAGAUAGCAUGCGGAUUGUGCUUGGAAAAAGAGCUGUCAUGCAUACAGUUUAAGGGAAAAGAAAUGUUAAUAUGCUAAAAGUUUUACAGAACAAAUGACGGAUACUUUGUUGUCAUAAGCAAAAUGUUUAUUGUUGACUCGGUAUAUAUAUAUAUAUAUAGGGUUUUUAAAUUGACAGAUUAUGAGUCUGUGCCAUGAUGUGGCAUUUGAUUCAGUAUUGUAGAAGGAUAGUCAAGUUCUUCAAUGCUAAUGGUUUUGUUCAAGCACGCAAUCACAAGUUCGUAUUUUCAGACUUUCUCUCAGAGCUGUGUCUAGUUAUUGUUUUACUAGAGAAUCCUUAAAGCAAGGUUGCUCUUCUCUUACUUAACACUCAGACAUAUUGCAUAUUUCAAACUAUAACUUCAGGGGUUUAGAUAAAUAAGCCAGAAGCCAUAAAAAAUAUACAUUUUUAUUUGUGCAUGGAUGGUUGUUUAGAGAUUUCAGUCUUUGAGUCUGAUUGUGACAGGUGUGUGUGUGUGUGUGUGUGUGUGUGUGUGUGUGUGAUGUUAGUCAGUCACUUAAUAGUAUGUUUGUUGCUUGUGCCUUGAUUUACCAAAUGAAUAGACUGAACUUACUGUCCAGCGUUAAUAUCUCUGUCUCUUUCCCACAACAAUUAUGAGAUUAGCUUUUGUUGUUUUGCACUCAGCACUUAAAGAGAGCAUGAAAGGCUGAACCGUGAUCUUUAAGUCAAUGCUAAGGGACAGGAAGAUGACUAGACUUGAUUUUGAAUCACUACCCUUUGCCACUUGAAUCUUGAAUUCUACGAUGGCAUUACAGCUGUAUAUUGGAGCUACCUGGUGUGGGAGUUAACAUGCUCAUUAGUGAAUUAGUGUUAUGUUAUUAAAGCUUAGAAAAUAUAAGAUGGAAAGGAAAUACCGGUAUUCUCUGCUGCAGUACAAUGACUGAUAGAUUUGUGCUUCCUUUUUUUUAUAGUUCCUAAUAUCAGGGGUAACUUGGCCAGGCAACUGUUGAUGAUGACAUGGUGUGUUCGCUAUUUGAAUUCUAUGCCUUGACCUGUGAGAAACUAUAAAUACCUUUCAAUGCCUUAUCUUAUAAUCUUUAUCAUUUUGUAUUAUUAUUCAUGACAUUUAUUUGCAGUUAUUCAAUUAUUUUACUUUUUUAUUUUGAUUUGGUUUUUAUAGGUUUAAACAUGUACUAUGUUCACAUUAUGUAUGUAUGUUGAAGACAUGAGAUUUACAUUAAGGAACAGAGUUCACCAUAUCCAAGUGAAGUUCUUCAGUUAAGAUGUUGAUGUUUGAUAUCAUAGUGGCACACAGCCUGUCCACAUAGCUGGAAUGUUCCCUCUCUAUUGCAUUGCUGUAUGUUAUCCAUGGAAUCACAAAUAAAAUUUAUGCAAAUCUGUUGUGAUA